GACCUCCUCUCCCCAAUUCUCCUCCUCCUAAACAGCGUUAAUAGCUCCAAGACUUUCCAAAAUCUGGAAUUUUCGUGGUUAGGGUUUUUCAGAAAAUCAAUCACCGUCUCAAUUCCUCAAAUCGGAUACAGCUAAAAAUCCCGGAUUUCCGGUUUGGGAAUUUGCCUAUUUUUUUCUCGCCGCCGGCUUCUUUAAUUUUGUUGCUGUUUUUUUUUUUUUUUUUGGAAACUAAUUCAUGGUGCAGUUGAUGAAAUCCGGCGAUCUCCGCCAAACGACGCCGUGUAAGGAUAAGCUGCCGGUAAAAUUGGAGAUCGAAGACUCCUUGGAGGAGGAGCAUGGCCCCCUCAACAAGCGCUCCAAACCUUCUCCUGCUUUUCAUGAGAGUUCGGGCGAUAACGGGUUUGCUGUCUCAGCUCCCCAAUACAAUCCACUUGAUGAGCCUAGCCCUUUGGGUUUGAGGCUCAGGAAGAGCCCGUCUUUAUUGGAAUUAAUUCAAAUGAAGCUUGCUCAGGGGGGUCCUCCUGCAGCGGGAGAUGUACCAAGAGAAAAUCUUAACUCUGGAGUUAAGAAGGAGAUUAAAGCAAAUGCUGCGGUGGGGGCUACUGAUAAGCUUAAAGCGUCAAAUUUUCCAGCUUCAAUGUUAAGGAUCGGUAGCUGGGAGUACAAAUCAAGGUACGAGGGUGAUUUAGUGGCAAAGUGUUAUUUUGCAAAGCAUAAGCUCGUAUGGGAGGUUCUUGAAGGAGGCCUCAAGAGCAAAAUAGAAAUCCAGUGGUCAGAUAUCAUGGCUCUGAAAGCAAACUGUCCUGAUGAUGGACCUGGUACUUUGAAUGUUGUGUUGGCUAGACAACCUCUGUUCUUCAGGGAGACUAAUCCUCAGCCUAGAAAGCAUACUUUAUGGCAAGCAACCUCAGAUUUUACUGAUGGGCAAGCAAGCCUACAUAGGCAACAUUUUCUGCAAUGUCCACAAGGACUGUUAAACAAGCAUUUUGAAAAGCUUAUCCAGUGUGACACACGUCUUUGCUUCUUAAGUCGACAGCCAGAGAUUGUUUUGGAUUCACCUUAUUUUGAACUGCGGCCUUCUGUAUUUGAAGACCAAGGAGAAUCCAAAGGCCUUGGUUUUGACCAACCGGCAAGUGGUAAAGGAUCCUCCAUUUCUGGUUUCCAGGAUAUAGCAUCACCAUCUGCAAGUCAGUCAUCAUCUUUGAAGACAGACCAGCAGGAUUCAGCUGGUAUGACAUUAGAGCAUCGGUCCAGAGAAGCUCCUUCCCCUAGCUCAGGUAUGGAUGCUCGUGCAAUUGAAGGAAAUGGAAGUUCUGAAGUUGUUGAUUCCAGGGGGCCAAGAAACUGGGAACAGAUAAAAGUGCCUGGGCUCCAUCCUUCAAUGUCGAUGAGUGAUUUUAUGAGUCACAUUGGGAACUGUAUUUCAGAACAAAUGACUUCCGGAAAGCCACCUUCUGCCGAUCAACAGUCGGAAUACCAGGAUAUUCUUGAGGACAUUGCACAGUACCUGUUAAGUGACACUCAAUUAACUGCAGCAGAUGAGAGUCAUGAGACAUCUCUCAUGUCCAGGGUCAAUUCUCUUUGUUGCCUUUUGCAGAAGGACCCCACUUCUCUUCAGACUUCGCAGGUUGAAGUUGAAGGCACAGAUGGUGGAAGGGAUAUUCAGCUUAACCACGCUCCUGGUGGUAUAUCUGGAGCUGAUAUGCAGGCUCCUGAAGAGGAUAUGAAGGAUGUUCCUGGAGGAAAGAAGGCACCGGGGAUGUCGAGAAAAGACUCCUUCGGGGAAUUGCUGUUUCACCUCCCUCGCAUCGCCUCUCUUCCCUCACUUCCAAAAGUCUUGUUCAACAUUUCAGAAGAUUGUGAGAGUCAAGGUAGAUAAGUCAUUUUUUCCAAAAAAUCAAAUCCUAUAAGUCUACAUCAUGCGAGCUGAAUAGAAACUGCUCUCCACCCUUCAAAUCUCUCAGUGUACACGGUGAAUAAUGCUGGCUAUUUAAUACUAUUGUCUGUCACCAAAAGCUUGCAUUAUAUUGGGAGAUCAGGAUUCUGAAAUUUGUGUUGAUGAAGAAUCCUGAAAGAUUUCCCACUGUACAAAUGCACCGCACCGCACUUUAUAGCUAGUGUUGUUUGGUUCCGUUCAUGCCGUAUGACCUGCUUAAAGAAGCAUCUGUUUGUAAAGUCUUAAAUUUCAAUGUGAAUGUAAUUUUAGUCAA